UUAUUUCCGCUAAGAGAUAUUUUCAUCUUUCAUAAUGUUUAAGAAAUGUAGAUAUUGGGACACAUAAAAAUAUUAUUUUUAAGUUAAUCCGUUUCAUCGUUCGUAUUCAGAAAACGUUCACAGAAAAAUCAUUGGCGCAUGUGCAAACGUGAAUUGCAAUAAUCAAAGAGAAAUAUUCUUGUUGCAUAUCUUUUUUGAUCUAACAUAUUUUGAUAUUUUUCAUUCAAUUAUAUAUAUUUUAUGAUAUAUCAGAGUGAUAUAUCAAAGUCGAAAUAAAAAUGCCAGGUACGCCAAUAGAACCAAAUGGAGAUGCAUUGCAGAAAUUACAAACCGAGCGUCCCUCGAAUGGAAAUUAUCAACAAGUAGUAAGAGAAAUUACGCAAACGGAUCAUCUCAACAAAAGAUUGUUAGUGUCUUUGUUAAAAAGAAUGAAUAAAUCUAACGGAGAGUUCGAUAGUUUUAUGGAAAAAGAAACAUCUACUUCUGAAGAUAACGAUGAUAGCGAUUUUUAGGUUAAGAUUUUUCAAAAGACAGACAUAGCUAAUCCAGUUCUCUGAAUAGUUUUGAUGUUCACAAACAUAUAACACAAUAUUACGUGUAUUUAACUACUUUAUUCCAUUAUCUCUAUAUACUUUUUACUCAUAAAGAUUUGUCAAUAUGACUGCAUUGUCGAAUUUUUCUGACCACGAGGAUGAAAUAUUGGCAGAGUAUGAAAAAGAAGAUGCGAACGAAGAUGG